UUCAAGCUAUAUAUAUAGAUCCCCAAACGACUUCCAAAUUUCAGCCACAAAUCUCUCUACCGAAUCCUUGCCAUGUCCCAAAGAAACCCCAAAGUCGAAGUGCCCCGAGACUUGAGCUUGGCCCAGCAACUGCGGCGCGAGAUUACCCGUAAUUCGGCGGAGAUAAGCCUAAACUUUUGGCAGGAGUUUGAAAACAUCAGGGCCACCCAGCGUGACCGGAUGAAUGAAGAACGCCUACGGCGGGAAAGGAUCAACACUCUGAUGCGUGAUGGACAAAAGGAGGCGAACAAGGAGGCGGAGGCUUUGAGUCGAUCGAUCAGUGCUCAGGGAAUGAUCACCUUACCAAUGGCUUCGGCACCAGAUCCUCCACAAACUCCCCUGUUGACCUCCAUAGUCGAGGAAAUCAAGAAUUACAAAACUCGCCCGAAAUCUGGCAUUAGGACAAACUCAAAGAUAAAGCAAAAGGCUGAAAAUAAAUCGGAAAAGUCUUCGUCCUCGAUUAAACCAGGGACAUCAGCCUUCUCCAAGUUAUCCGUGGCCACCGCUUCAUCCAGCAAGACCUCUCCGAGCACCUCCAAGAUGCGAUGGACCAAAAAGUCCAAUUAAAUUUGUAAUUCAAUGUUAUUAGAGCAAGAAGACCUUUUGGUUUUAGUUAAAUUAAUAAAAUCCCUUAA